AUGUUCUUUCCUCACACAGGAGCAAAGCCAGUCGCUCAGGGGGCGGGGCUACAGGACAAAGAGUGGUUUGCUGGAGUUUGUGAACGCAAGACUGCAGAGGAAACUGUGCUCAGGAUUAACAAGGACGGCACGUUUCUGGUCAGAUACAGCAGUUCUCAGAAUGACCGUCAGCCCUUCACGCUGGUCGUGCUUUACCGGCAGAGCGUUUACAACAUCCCGGUGCGCUUCCUGGAGGAUUCGCAACAGUACGCGCUCGGAAAAGAGGGCAAGAAGACAGAAGAGCUCUUCAGCAGUUUGCAGGAGAUGAUCUCUCAUCACAUGAAGAACCCCAUCCUCCUGAUCGACCGUAAGAGUCAAGCUAAACACAGCACUCUCCUCUCACGCCCCGUUCGGCCCUAACGCUCCCGUCCCGCUCUCAUUUCAACCCCCACCGCCUGAUACUGACCCUGAUCUCACAAACACUCACUCAUACUCUGCCUGAAUUAUUUAUUACAUUGUGUUUGUAAUGCACUCCGAUGUUCAUAGUACGUCUUGUGUUCAGUACAUUUCAUGUUUGGGGAUUUUUGAAUGUAUGUAGUGUUCAUUAACUUUAGUUAAACUCUAUGCAUAUACUGUAUAAUGUUUACAGGACAACUUGUUGUCUCGUGUAAA